UCUCAUUCGAUAAAUAUUAAUGAUCCACCCAAUAAUAUCCUUCUUUUGCAGUCAAGGGUUUUAGGGUUUUUCUUCUUCGUUAGUUUGCAGCACCAAAGUCGAAAAUGGUGAAGGGACGCCAAGGAGAACGUAUUAGACUCUAUACUAGAGGAACAGUUCUUGGAUACAAGAGGUCGAAGUCGAAUCAGUAUCCAAACACAUCGUUGGUCCAGAUCGAGGGUGUGAACACUAAGGAAGAAGUAGAUUGGUACUUGGGGAAGCGUAUGGCCUAUAUAUACAAGGCGAAAACAAAGAAGAAUAACUCUCAUUACCGCUGCAUUUGGGGUAAAGUUUGUAGGCCUCAUGGAAACAGUGGGGUUGUUAGAGCUAAGUUCACGUCCAAUCUGCCACCAAAAUCCAUGGGAGCCAAAGUUAGAGUUUUCAUGUACCCAAGCAACAUAUAAGCAAGGUAUUGAAUCGAGGCUUGCUUGGACGCCCGACAUUUGUCUCUCAAGGUCAUUAGUGAUUAAGGACUAGAAUUUUUAGAUAUUGUUGGACAUAAAUUGUUUUGGGCUGCGGAGUUACAUUGUUAUCCUUUUUGUUUUUCAUGUACUGGGAAAUACCGAGGAGUGGACAUCUGAUUAGAAUUUGUCUAAUUUUGUUCUUGGAGUUUAUUUGGUUAUCUUUGCUCUUAAA